AUGCUAGCACGCACAAGUAUCAGACAAGCGGUCAGAAUGCCACGCGCCGCCGGCGUCGGCGGCGCUGCCGUAAGAUUCGUGUCCGAGGGGUCUACGGGCACUACCAGAGGCGAAGGCGCGGACGACUCAUUUGUGAAGCGUGAGCGUGCACAGGAAGACUACUACGUGAAGCAGCACGAGAAAGAACAGCUGGCACGUUUGCGGGAGCAAAUCAAGCAGCAGCAGAAGAAGAUCGACCACCUGGAAGAAAAGCUUGAGAAUUUCUCCAAGUGA